UGCACAAAGUCUGACAAGCUCGAGGUUUAUAUUUCAACAUCUUGCAAAAUCGAAGCUGAAAUCCUGCUUUUUUCUACUCGAUUUCUGCAGAAACAUGUCCUUUGCACAAGUGACUUGUCUCGUGGGCACGCUGUACGUGUUUUAUUUGUCUUUGAAGCUUUUAAAGCUAGUUUUAGAAGUUGUUAGAACGACCCUUCUCGGAGGAACCAUUGAUUUCAAGCGUUUGGGCGAAUGGGCAGGUAUUAAAUAAAGAGGAUUUAGUAUUUAACAUGUGCUUUUGUGUUUUUUUCUGCAGUAGAUGUGUUAAGGCUGGCUUGCACUCUCAAAAUUUUUAUGAUCACAGUAGGAAAUUCGUGUUUGAGGAACUGAAAACUGACUCGGUGUUUUAUAACACUGACUCAGUUUCCUGAGUUUCCUCAAACUUUUGUUACAAAUCCUUCAAAACUUAGAAUUUAACUUAUGCAAAAUCCCUGCUGUGAUCACAGAAACUUUGAUAGUGUAAAUCAACCUUUAACGUUUGCAUGCAAUGUGAAUUUUUGCUCUUGAUUGUAAUGCAUUUGCAAGGUAUUGGGUCUUGACUCUUGACUCUGCAGCAAUUGAAGUCCCUAAAAACCACGAAUUUUAUUACAUUUCUAGCCAAUUUCUACCGUGUACUGUACACCCUGCAAACUGCCACGAUUGAUUAUACAUUGAUUUGAAAUCUGUGGAUUUUGUUUGAUAUAAAAAGCAGGGAUUUGUAGAUAUAAGAUGGUAGUUUAUAUCAAUAUAUGCAUUGUGGAUGUGGACCCUUGGAAUUGAGACAUGCAGUGAGAACGCACAAGAUAAUUGCUUAAGGGGGGUGUAGGGGUUUCAUAUAAUGUAUUCAGGGAUGUUUGUAUUGUAAUAUUUGCGAAAUCAAGCAUUUUAUUUGUAAUUUAUUGGUAAUAUCAUUGUCAGCUACAGUGGAAGGCUGUUGUGACCAUUAAUGUAGCGUUCCUGAAAGAAGUACCUUCCAAAGUAUUGGGAUACCUUAGGGGCUAACCAGGAUGAUUCAGUUAAUAAAGUUCUUAUCAUGGUUUUGAUAAACAUCCAAAAUGACAUUUAAAAGUUGAAUUAGCUGAGUUUGAUUCAGUAGCAGUAUAAAGUUCAUUCAAACAAUCUUUUAUGGUUACAGAAAAGUUUUUGUGAUGCGAUAUUCAUUGUGGCUACUGGCUAGCCAGCCUGCAUGGCCUGGCUCAUAUGAACAGCCUCUUAAUAAUGAAAUGACUUGGUGUUUUACUGUACAAAACUACAGUAAAUGACUAUAUAAUAAGGUGGUGACAAGGUAGCACCAUAAGCUGACUGAUAAUUGCUGUGUACUGUACGUCCAACACUUUUGACACGUUAUAAUUCUUUACAGUUGUGACAGGUUCUACUGAUGGCAUUGGCAAAGAAUAUGCCAAACAGGUGAUACAAUCUUUUUAUGACUUCCAUAUUGAAUCUGUUUUUCUUUGGCCUUGAUCUCAAUUGCACUGUUGCUUUGAUAUUUGAGUGAAUUACUGAAUUAGGCCCCAAUUUGUUGGGAAGGCUAUAGUAAUAGUAUUAAGCUUCCAAUGUCUGAAAAUUAUUAAAGACAUAUUUCAACAUUUUGAUUGAGGAGGUCCAGUCUCAUCAUAGAUCCAGUCUCAUUAUUCUUGCAUGCAAAUUAUAAUGCAAGAAGGAACGGUGACUGCAGUUGCAAUUGACUUGUAUUAAAUUCCCACUAUUCAUAUCAUAACUAUUUUUGUUGUACUGUUUAACCAGUUGGCAGCCAAAGGACUGAACAUUAUACUGAUGAGCAGAAACAAAGAAAAACUUGAAGCCGUUGCUUCUGAAAUUGGUUAGUUCACAUAUUAAACUAAAGCUCCAGUCAAACAAGAAUGAGAGUUGAUGAGAGUUAAUGAGAGUUGCAACUCUCGCUCACGUUGAAGUUCCAGUUUUAAUGAGAAUUGAUAAGAGUACCUUCUAUCGCGUGGUAACAUCCAGUCAACUCUCAUUCAACUCUUGUUUUUGUUUGACCGGGGCAUGAGAAUUGAAAAAACUCUCAUGCAAACUUUCACUUCUCAACUCUCAUGCAAACUCUCACUUCUCAAUUCUCAUCAACUCCCAUGCAAACUCUCGCUUCUCAACACUCAUCAACUCUCAUGCAAACUCUUGCUUCUUAACUCUCAUGCAAACUCUCAAUUCUCAUCAACUCUCAUGCAAACUCUCACUUCUCAACACUCAUCAACUCUCAUGCAAACUCUUGCUUCUUAACUCUCAUGCAAAUUCUCACUUCUCAACUCUCAUCAACUCUGACAUGCAAACUCUCGCUUCUCAACUCUCUUCAAUUCUCAUGCAAACUCUUGUUUCUCAACUCUCAUGCAAACUCUCGCUUCUCAACUCUCAUCAACUCUCAUGCAAACUCUCAUGCAAACUCUCGCUUCUCAACUCUCGUCAACUCUCAUGCAAACUCUCAUGCAAACUCUCAUGCAAACUCUCGCUUCUCAACUCUCAUUAACUCUCAUGCAAACUCUCAUGCUUAAUCUCAACUCUCAUCAACUCUGAUUCUCAUUUGACCUACAGGGUUCAAUGAUUUUAUAGUGAUCGAGUUUCAGCAAAAACAUUUUGUUUGUUGCUAGAAAGUGAAUACAAAGUGAAGACCAAGAUUAUUCAAGUAGAUUUCUCUGGUGGUCAUGAGAUUUAUGAACCAAUUGGAAAAGAAUUGGAAGGAUUUGAGAUUGGUGUUUUAGGUAUCCCAUUGUGUGUGUUCUCCCCUAAGAAACGAGCAAAAUGUCUGAUAUGUCAGACAGAGUGAGAUUCAUAAUAAUGUAGGGUGCAUUGCAACUCAAUGAGUUAACUAGACACACAGGCAGAUAGUUUGAUUAACAUGUUGAGUGCCAGCACUCAUCCUUUGAUGAGUAAAAUUGUCUGGCAUUAGACAGAGUAAAUUUAGCAAUGAAGUAAGGGGCGUUAGAAUACAAUGCAACUCAGAUCAGUGGGUUAAAGCCUUAGUACAUACAGUAUAUACUUUCUAGCAAGAAGCCAAGCAUAUUAAUUUCUUGAGGGGACACAAAACAAAAGUUUGAAAUACAUUGCCAGCUAGCCAGCAAAUUCAGGAAGUGUGCAGCAGGUUGUGCUAUGACUGGCCUGCAAGCAAAGUUAAUGUGCUAUAUGGGGCAAUAAUACCUUAGGUUUUGAAUCUCUCAAUAAAUAUGGUUCCUCCACUCAUUUAGUGAACAAUGUUGGUGCAUCUGUUCCAUAUCCUCAACAUCUUCAUGAACUUCCAAUCGAGGUUUGUAGUUUGAUUUUUGUUUUAAUUGCAAUGGAAUAUUAUUGUUCAUUCCCUCAAUUUGAGCAAACGGUUUGUGCCAGCAAGUGAUACGCUAGAAAGCUACGGAUUGAGGGGGAUUCACUAUAGUGUAUUGGUAAAGAACUAUAGUUUUCAUAAAAUAUGUCAGGACUUUAGUUAUGGAACUAAAAUAUUUACUAGUCGUAAGAAAACUAUAGUUUUCUAAACUCAAACUAUAGUUUUCAAAAAACUAUAUUUCCCUUGAGUUAUAAAACUAUAGUUUAUUGCAGACAAACUAUAGUUAUUUUGAAGAUAACUAUAGUUUUUUUUUGGAAACUUUUCUCAAAAAAACUAUAGUUUUUGGUGGAAAACUAUAGUUUAUUUUUGUAAGGGCUAGCUACCUCAAAAGUACAAAGUUUUUCUUGUAGUUUUCAAGUUGUUGAAUCCCAGAAUCCCUCCAUCCAUUAAGUUAAGAAGAUUUACAUUUCAAACAUUCAAUGACUAGCAUUUUUUAAUUAACCGUUUCAUCGAGUGUGGAAAGCCAAACGCGUCAAAUAAUUUGAAUUGAACAUGACAUUUAAAUCACCGUUUAAUUAUAUUUCAGAACGUAUGGACACAGGUCAACGUGAAUGUUAUGUCGACAGCUAUGGUUAGUGUUUGAAACAUCUUUUCUAGCUAAAAUCUUUCAGUUCGGUUACUGAAAAAACUAGCUGUAUUAUAUUUUUUCUCCAAUCUUUUGUUUAGUUAACAAGAUUGAUUAUUCCCUCUAUGGUUGAAAGGUAGGGUUUAUUUUGGUGUAGAUGGAUAUUUUGAAUGCAUAUUGAUGCGCAUUUUUAGACUGGACCAGAAGCAAUUGCAAAUAAUGAGACUAUAGGCCCUUUGGCUGAGGAGUCGAACCUGCGUCCCAGCGAUUCCGGUGCAGCGCUCUAACCAACUGAGCUGCAGAGACCGAUUUGGUAGAGUCCACUUUUCUCGCAUGAGACUGAGGUGAAAUUGUCAUCAGAAGACUAUAAAAACUGCUACUGAACAUAGAUAACCAGAGUUGGCUUUUACUUGUAUGGUAUGCGCGUUUUCUUUCAAUUUCAGAAAUAAAGGAGUUGUCAUCAACGUUGCAUCUGGUGCUGGUGCAUUUGUGGUUCCUCUUUUAGGUCCUUAUAGCGGUACCAAGGUAAUGAAGAAUCUGUACAGAUAGAUGAUCAGUGAAGACAAACUGUCUUGGUUGUUGUUUUAAUAGAUGGUUCUCUGUCCUGGUGUGUAAAACUCUCGUUAAACGAGACUUGAUGAGAAUUAACUUUCAUUCUCCGCGGUCGAACGAGAACAAGUGUUGCACGAGAGUUGAUGAGAUUGGACUGGAUAAUUCAGAGCCUGAAAUAACGGCCGGCGUUCGGCGGUUUUCCGACCAAAUUCCAGUUUUUCCGACCAAAUGCUGAGAUGAUCGGAAAUUUCGUCCGCCAAAUGUUGAAAAAAAUGAUAAUCUGUUUUUUUUUAAAUUAUCGGGUUGGCGCUCAGCACAGUGAGUGCAGUAUCUAUAGUCUUAGAUUAUCUAUACUAGUUUUAUAUGGAGUAAUCAACUGGAAAGUUAUCAAAGUUUCUUCGAUCAGAGUAUGCUUUAAACAAAGUUUAGUUAACUUAAAUGUGUGACAGUGCAUGAGUUACGAGUCAGAGCUCGAGUGACUGCUUUCAUUGUUGUUAAUUUGACGACCUGGAAGAUAAAGAAUGCGUUUCCUUGACGUUUCGAGCAAAGGCCCUUCAUCAGGACAGUUAAAUAGGCUGUUUAUUACAAGUAGAUUGAUUUACUGAAUGCUUGACAGAAUUUACUCAACGGAGGGGAUCAAACUAAACUAAAAAAAUUCCGACCAAAUUUGAAAAUUUCCGGUCAAAUUUCAUUUUGCUUGGAAGUUUUGCCGGACAAAUUUAAAAAUUAUUUCAGGCUCUGGAUAUUACCUGUCAAAUGAGCAAAACUCUCUGAUGGAUGGUUUAAUUGUCAUUAGAAUAAGUCUAACAAUUCAUAAACUCUAAGGUUUUGAACUUUCUUCAUUACUGAAUAGGCUUUUAUGGACAAGUUUUCUGAAUCACUUCACAUCGAGUACGCCAGCAAGGGCAUUAUUACCCAGGUAACUAUCAGUUUUAAACUGUUCUCCCUAGAGGUCCAGUAAGGAUCAUCUCUUAUUGAUCCAGUGUUACUACAGGAGGAAACCUAAACUAAAGUUACUAAAUCUGACUUUAUUUAUACUGGAUAGUUCUAUCAGUUCUAAACUGUUCUCCCUAGAGGUCCAGUAAGGAUCAUCUCUUAUUGAUCCAGUGUUGCCACUAGACUUUCCAAAGUCCGCGGUUCGUGGUUCCUGGAAGCGACGGACUUUUGUCACCCGCAAGCACGCCAAAUUCACCGGUGAAUUUUUGCUCCGGUGACGUCAGUGAAUGCUCAUUAUUAUUCUGUAUAACGACGCCAAAACAAUAAUGAACUAGUGAAAUCGACAUGGUGAACGCCCACUAUGUCAUAAUUGAUUUUCGCGCCAAAUUUUUCAGUAAGAUUCAAAAUCCGGCAAGUGACACAAGUCGCUCGCUUCCGUCUUUCUCAAGCGCUCCCUUCUUGCUACGCGCGGUCCCUAGCGAUAUUACCACAAGAGGAAGCCUAAACUAAACUAACUUUAUUUACACUGGAUAGCUCUAUCAAUUCUAAACUGUUCUUCUUAAAGGUCCAGUAAGGAUCAUCUCUUAUUGAUCCAGUGUUACCACAGGAGGAAGCCUAAGCUUACUUAUUUACACUGGAUCUAGCUCUAUCAGUUCUAAACUGUUCUUCUUAAAGGUCCAGUAAGGAUCAUCUCUUAUUGAUCCAGUGUUACUACAGGAGGAAACCUAAACUAAACUAACUUUAUUUAUACUGGAUAGUUCUAUCAGUUCUAAAGCGUUCUUCCUAGAGGUCCAGUAAGGAUCAUCUCUUAUUGAUCCGGUGUUACUACAGGAGGAAAGUGAGUACUUGGAGAAAAGCUGUGGUGUUUGGUAGAGUCAAACUGGAAGCGCUCUUCUCACAUGUGACUGGGGUGAAAUUAUAAUCUGACAACUGUAUAUUGAAGGAAUCAAAGCCUGGUCACACGGAGAUAAAAACACAUGCACUAAGCACUGUGUCACUAAGCCCAUUUUUCUCGUUUCCAGAGUGUAUUACCGUUGAUAGUCGCGACAAAAAUGUCCGGUGUUAAAAGAUCGGGGUUCUUCAGUCCAUUUCCGGACAGCUUUGUAGGAAGUGUGCUGAAAAAAGUUGGAGCUGCUCGACGAUGUUUUGGUUAUUGGCCUCACGAGUUACAAGUAAGUGGAGUAUUAGACUUGCCUCUUUCCUUCAUUUUUGAUAGAGUCUAUCCAGUUUCUUAUAAGGUCAGUUUGAAACAUAAACUGAUCUCAUGAUAGACUGAAUAGACCAAUUAAGAACGAAACUGACCUCAUAACAGGCGGUUGGUCAGGCAGGUAGGCAGGGGGUAAUCAGAAAGGCAGGCAGGCAGGCAAGCAAUUAGGUAGACAAACAUUCAGGCAGGACGACAGGUAGCCAUUCAGCUAGGCAUGCAGUCGGGUUGGUAGACAAGCAUUAGGCAGUCAUACGGGCCGACGGUUGAUGGGCUAGCUUGUCAGUUAUUUUACUAGUAUUCUUCUUUUGUCUUUCUAGGCUUUUGUUAUGUAUCUAUUGCCUGACUGGUUGUUCGCUAAAAUGACGAUGAAAUUCAACACAAAGCUUCGUGAUAAAGCUCUCAAGAAGAAGAAGGAGAAAAAGGAAUCCUAAACAACGCACAUCAGCCUUAAAAACAUUUAAAAAAAAAACAUAUUUGCACAAGUGAACCCAAGCUCGGAUGAAACUAGAAUGAGAGUUCAUGAGUUGGCCUCGCGAUCUUGGUUAGCUGUUCUUAAUGCUUUCCCAACACUAUCAUGUAUUCUGUUUAAAUUAAAACAUAGUUGGAACACUCAUCGAACCUUUAUUUUGUUAAUCUAGAGCUUGAAAUGCCCCCUGUAACAAUGCGUGACUGACAACUCUCAUCAACUCUCAGCCUCGUUUGAUCCGGGUCUUAAGUUUGUGAAAUUCAGAGCGCUUGGUUGCAUUUACCUAUUUUAAUUGGCUUGUUGAUAUGAACUGAAACUCAGUUAAUUAUAUUUUGUUAUUAUGUCAAAUGAUCAAUAAAAUUAAGUUAAUAA